AGUAGCAAACACCAAAAAACACGUGUUAGCUCUCAGUUCCUCGAAUUCACCUCACAAAUAUAAGUGCAAAAUAAUCCACUCCAGUUGCUCCAAUAAUCAUUAUUUUAUGAAUAAGUGAAUCAUGAAGUUCAUAACGGAUUCUGUGAGCCGGUGUGCAAGACUCGGGACACUUUCGGAGCUGGAGAAAUUUCCAGAAGCUAUUUUUGAAACUCCCCUACUCCUAGUUUACACCAGGAGGGGCAGUGUUCCCCACUUGACCAAGGAUGUCUUCAAAAUGUUGACGAAAGAACAACACAUGUUGUCUGUCACUCUGCCAACGACAAUAACAAUGGUGGAUGCUGUUCAACAGUCUCAAUCGUUCACUGAAUUCGUCAGUAUGCAGGAAUAUCCAACGAUGUUGACAAUCCAAGAUCCCUCCAAGAAAACUCCUCGCGGAUACCAGAAGCACAUCACAACAGCUAUAUGGACGAAGCAUGGACAUCACGCCAUCACCCCAGACAUUUAUAUGAACUUGGUAGAGGCAUUCAAGCCCGACAUUUAUGUAGCUCUGUGCGAUGGUGAUAGCAACGAAGAAACCUCAGAAAAAAAAAUUACGAAGAUCGUGGAGAGAAGUAAAAGACAGUUCGAAAAGUGUUUUGAGAGGCACAAAAGUUCGGAUAUUUUGAAAAAUACCUGUAUGCUGGGAGCAGUCGAGGGAGGAUACGAUUUAACAGCACGUGAACAGUCGGCUAGAUUCUUGAGAGAGAAGAAUUUAGAGGGGUAUGUCAUUGAUGGACUUCACGUGAAUGGACCCGAAGUCCAGAAUAUUUCGUUUGGAAAAAUUAAAGAAGUUGUGCAUCACACAUUGGAUCUGUUGCCGCCCGAAAAACUGAAAGUAUCAAUGGGCUGUUGGAGUCCUAAUGUUUUAUUGGAGCUAAUCGACUCUGGAGUGGAUAUUUUCGAUUCCUCGUAUCCUUAUGUCAUGACUGAAACUGCCAAGGCAAUAACGUUCACGUGUGACUCACAUAAUCACGGUAAUAAUUAUAACCCUGGAUUGGUGAUUUCCAUCUCAGAUAAAAGCUAUGUUGAGGACUUCUCACCGAUAUGCGACAGAUGCCAGUGUUUAACGUGUAAAAAUCAUACGAGAGCGUACCUGAAUCAUCUCUAUAAUACCAAAGAACUACUGUUCUCUGUGCUUCUCAUGAUGCACAAUACCCACACUUAUCUCGAGUUCUUCAAGACAAUUCGAGAGCACAUCAGAAAGGGAACAUUUCAACAGUUUAAAAAACAGUUUAUCGAUAAAUUUUCGUGACACUAGAAGUGUAAAAAUAUAUUUUUAUUGAAUUAAAUAAA